AUGCCGUGUUCAACCUGCAGCAGCACAAGCGGCAGCAGCUGCAUCUGCUGCCUUCAGGGGCCCCCUGGGGGGCCCCCUGGGGUCCCCCCGCUGCUGCUGUCUGCUGCAGCAGCAGAAGCAACAGCUCUGCUGCUGCAGCAGCAGAAGCAGUGGAGACGUGUUGCGCUGCUGCUGCCGCAAGACAAACUCGGAGAGGCCCCAGACUUCCUCCUUGCAUUCAGAAGCAAGUGGCAGCAGCUGCAGCAGCAGCAGCAGCAGCAGCAGCAGCAGCAGCAGGAGUUAGCUGCAGCAGCAUAUGAUCAAGAUGGAGGGAAGAGACUGGACUGCUUAGAUACACCACAACAGCAGCAGCAGCAGCAGCAGCAGCAGCAGCAGCAGCAGGAGCUGCUGCGGCAGCGGCAAGCUCCCCAAGAGCCGCAGCAGCCACAGCAGCAGCAGCAGCAGCAGCAGCAGCAGCAGCAGCAGCAGCAGCAGGAUGCUCCUUUUAUAUAUUUUGUAUCUGACCCAGCAGAAGCAACAGCAGUGCUGCUGCAGCAGCAGAAGCAGUGGCGACGUGUUGCGCUGCUGCUGCCGCAAGACAAACUCGGAGAGGCCCCAGACUUCCUCAUUGCAUUCAGAAGCAAGUGGCAGCAGCUGCAGCAGCAGCAGCAGCAGCAGCAGCAACAGCAGCAGCAGCAGCAGCAGGAGUUAGCUGCAGCAGCACAUGAUCAAGAUGGAGGGAAGAGACUGGACUGCUUGGAUACACCACAACAGCAGCAGCAGCAGCAGCAGCAGCAGCAGGAGCUGCUGCAGCAGCGGCAAGCUCCCCAAGAGCCGCAGCAACCACAGCAGCAGCAGCAGCAGCAGCAGCAGCAGGAUGCUCCUUUUAUAUAUUUUGUAUCUGAUCGUCCCGCUGGUUACUGCUGCAGCGACAUAAACAGUGCUGCUAUUCUGUCUCCUGACUUGCUGCUGUCUGCUGCUGCUUCUUGCUGCUGCAGCCACCCUGCUGCUGCUGUGCUGCUGCCGCUUCUCUUUUUGUCUCCUCGUUGUCCUUUUCGUGUUUCUCUUUGUGCAGCAGCAAUUGCGAAAAAAUAUAUAUCUGCUGCUGCUGCUGCUGCUGCUUCUGGUGCUGCUGCUGCUGCUGCUGAUGGGCUUCCUGCUGCAGUAGCUGAUGCAGCACCUACAACAGCAGCAGCAGCAGCAGCAGCAGGAGCAGCAGCAGCAACAGCAGCAGCAGCAGCAGCAGCAACAAAUCUUAUUAUAUUUCCUGAUAUAUCACUGCAGCACGGCUUAGGUUAUUUUGCUGCUGCUGCUGCAGCAGCACAAAGACUAGCACCAGCAGCAGCAGCAGCAGCUGCUGCUGCACCAGCAGCAGCAGCAGCAGAAACGGAACCAACAGCAGCAACAAACUCUCCCGCCUUCGGUCGUUGCGGUGCUGCUUGUGCUGAGCAAACAACCGCUUGCUUGCUGCUGCAGCAACACCCCCAGCAGCAGCAGCAGCAGCAGCAGCAGCAGCAGCAGCAGCAGCAGCAAGAGGUGCUGCUAGCUGAUCCAGCGCAGCAGCAAUAUUUCGAGUUAUAUAAACUGCCAGCUAUGCGUGCUUCGCAGCUUUGCUUCCUGGGUCCUCAUCAACUACAGCAGCAGCAGCAGCAGCAGCAGCAGCAGCAGCAGGAGCAGCAGCAGCAGCAGCAGCAGCAGCAGCAGCAAGAAGAAGACGGCGCCAUAGGGCUAGCACCAGUGCUGCUGCUGCAGCAGCAGCAGCAGCAGCAGCAGCAGCAGCAGCAGCAGCAGCUGCAGCUGCAGCUGCAGCUGCAGCAGCAGCAGCAGCAGCAGCGAAGGAGAAUUACUCUGCCUGAGCCGGUUACAUUGCCGCAGCUAUUUAUGCUUGUAUAUAUAGGCCCCACCACCCAAACACAGCAGCAGCAGCAGCAGCAGCAGCAGCAGCAGGAGCAGCAGCAGCAGCAGCAGCAGCAGCAGGAGAGAGAAGGGAGCAGCAAGUGUGCAUGCAUGCAGCUGCAGCAGCAGCACCAAAAACUAACAGAGAACUUUGCUGAUACGCUGCCGCCGCCGCUGCUGCAGCGGCUGCUGCUGCGCCACGGCAGCAGCUGCAGCAUCUAUUCCCUCGACCUGCUGCUGCUGCAGCAGCAGCAACAGCAGCAGCAGCAGCAGCAGCAGCAGCAGCAGCAACAGCAACAGCAGCAGAUAGAGGGAUGUAUUUGCUGCUGUGCUUCUACGGAGGCUGCAGGCGGGACAGGUAGAGCCAUUUGCAGCAGCAGCAGCAGCAGCAGCAACAGCAGCAGCAGCAGCAGCAGCAGCAGCAGCAGCAGCAACAGCUGCUGCAGCAGGAGUGGGACGUGUUGUAUAGAUUUGCUGCUGGAUGAAGGGCCUCGUGUGUCUGUGCUGCUGGGGCGUCAGUAUGCUGCAGCAGCAAAGCUAGCAGCAGCAGCAGCAGCAGCAGCAAGAACAAAACAAGCAGGAGUUGCUGCUGCAUCUCAGCUCUCUCUGCUGCUGCUGGGGCAGCAAACAACAGCAUCGCUGCUGCUGCACCGCCAGCUGCUGCGGGUUAUAAGACACCGGCUAGCAGCAGCAGCAGCAGCAGAAGCAGAAGACCACAGCAGCAGCAGCAGCAGCAGCAGCAGCAGCAGCAGUUCAUGGGGGGCAGCAGAGGACGACGAUGAGGAUGAAGAGGAGCAGCAGCAGCAGCAGCAGCAGCUGCUGCUGCUGCUGCAGCAGGUGAUAAUAUCUGUUGCAAUAGGAGACGUAACAGCAGCAAAAUUAUAUAAUUAUAAUGAGGUUUUAGGUUUUUGUUUAUUGGGGUGUAUAGACAGCUGCUUGCUGCUGCAGCAGCAGCAGAAACAAAUAGGGUAUGGGGGCCCCCUGCUGCUGCCUAUUGAUUUACUUAUUGCUGCUGGCUUUGCUGCGCAUACACCCCACCUAGUUGUAGAUACGGAGGAGCUGCUGCUGCUGCUGCAGCAGCUUGAACUGCAGCAGCAACAGCAGCAGCAGCAACUGCAGCACCAGCAGCAGCAGCAGCAGCAGCAACUGCUGCAAAACAAAUACGACACUGAGAUGCAAGUAGAUGCUCCACUGGCUCUCGCCAACAGCAGCAGCAGCAGCAGCAGCAACAGCAGCAGCAGCAGCAGCAGCAGCAGCAGAGCGCUUCUCUCUGCUUUCUCCAUGCAUUCGCUGCUGCAGCAAAACCAAAGAAAUUAUAAAGGGGUCCUCUACAGCAGGCAGCAAGAACCAGAACACGAGCAGCAGCAGCAGCAGCAGCAGCAGCAGCAGCAGAUCCUACCGGGCCGGUCAGGGGUAGCUAGCGGGUACGAAGGGGAGCAGCAACGUCUGCAGCAGCAGCCGCAGCAGCAGCAGCAACAGCAGCAGCAGCAGCAGCAGCAGCAGCAGCAGAGGCGGUAA